UUGAAUUGUGAGAUUAAUUCAACCAUCUCCGCUUCGCAGUUUGUACUGGCCCAGCAGUCACCUCUCUCUAUCAUCCAAAGAGCAAGAGAACGCGAGGCUGCUUGGAGGAAAGAAAGACAUGCGGUGACAAUUCCUCCUGUGAAAGAUGACAGAAUAGAAUCCAGUGACACAGGUCCUGUGCUCAUUGAAGGUAUUGCAGUGGUUUCCCAGUCUUCAGAGCCAACAGAAAAUGGGCUUCAUGCUGAACCCUCAAACACAGAACAAACCCCAAAUGGAGGGAAAAUGCUGACAAUCGACCCCAAACAUUCAACUACUGCCAGUGUGGAAGGAGGAGGAGAGGAACCAAGUAAACACGGGACUCCUGCUGAGGAAGAACCAAAGUUCCCUUGCUCUAUUUGUAAAAAAAGUUUCCCCUCACAGGUCCGUCUGUUGCGUCAUCGCCGAACGACUCAUACCACCGAACGGCGUUUUAAAUGCAACAUCUGCGGGAAACCGUUCAAGAAGCAGAUCCAUCUGCGAAACCACCUGCGCACGCACACGGGCGAGCGGCCGUUCCAGUGCAGCGUGUGUGGAAAGACCUUUUCCUCUCUUGCAAAUCUUUCCCGUCAUGGACUCACACACACAGGAGUCCGUCCGUACCGGUGUGACAUUUGCCACAAAGCCUUCAGCCAAUCGUCAAAUCUUCGUCAACACCGUCAGCAUCUUCACAGCAAUGUGAUGCCCUCACCCUGUCCAGACUGCUCCGCUACCUUUAUCCGUCCUGCUAAACUUGUAGCUCAUCGUUUUCUUCACCACCCAGGGUCACCAGCACCUUACCCCUGCCCGCACUGUUCCGAGGGGUUCUUGCGCAAGCGUCAACGAGACCUUCAUUGCCUGGAGGAGCAUCCCAACUUUACUCAGCUACACAGUAUCUCCCAGGACUCCCAGGUUAGCAGUCAACAGGGCUCGAUGGAUAAUACAGAGCAACUAAGCGCUCCUUCGAUGACGAAACCUAAUCUGGAUUGCACUAUUUGUGGCAAGCGGUUAAAUUCUCCUGCAAAUCUCCGCCUGCACCAGCUAAGUCACGGACUUGGGCCCGGCCGGCCUCGAGGCUCAAGCUCCACCACUGGCAAGCCUCAUCCCUGUCCGGUCUGUGGAAAACUCUUUGGUUCAGCCUCAAGUGUUACACUACACCAAAGAGUACACACCGGUGAGCGUCCGUAUCCUUGCGUGAUCUGCGGAAAACGGUUUCGCCAGAACACGCACCUGCGGGAGCACCUUCGCACACAUUCGGGCGAGCGUCCGUUCCGGUGCGAGUUCUGCGAUAAGGGCUUCGUGCAGAGCAUGCAUCUGGCGGAACACCGGCGUACACACACGGGUGAGCGGCCGCAUGCUUGCGGUGAAUGUGGAAAGACCUUCAAGACGGUUUCGAACCUUAGGAACCAUCGGAAGACCCACAAUCGCACCCAAAAGCAAGAGCCAGAACAUAGCGCAGAAGCAGUGGCUGCAGAAUCUCAAACAGCAACUGUUGCUGUUGUGGAAGCUUCUGAGAUGGACCUGGUACCAGCCUUCUGCCAACAAGAGGUGCAGCUUGGACAACCCCAAGUCAUUCAGAUACAAACAUCCAACCUGACACAGGGAACUCCCACUAUCAUGUUUAACGAGCUUGGAGAGACUAUAGCCAUCAUUGAGACGAGCGGAGACCUGGCAGAGGCCAUCGAGCUGUACCACACAGCACUGGAGAGUGGCAUCAACAUGGAGGCCAUCACUGUGGACAACCUGCAGUUAAUGUGAGAGAAGUGAAGAACAGUGCAGCACUCCAGUGGCCAUCAUCUUGGUGAUUUGAAGAUUGUGAUUAAAAGAAGAGCAUAAGUGGGUCAGAACAAGUGCAGAGAGAAAAAAAACAGGGAAAGCAGAGAUUAAGGAAGUGUUCCAUAUUCAAGACAUUGUAGUCAUUUCCAUUGAAUGUGUGAACAAGCAUACCUCAAAUAGCCACUCUAGUCCAUCCUUUCAGAUAUUCUUCAGCCUUAUUUUCAAUUUUUAAAGACAUUUUUGCUAAAUAAUUUGAGCUAACAAUCUUAAAAGAGGGCUGAUAUUAGAGGUGCAACUGAAAGGCUCAAAUCUGUGAUAGGAUGUCUCCUGUUUUGGGACAAGAAAUGUACAGUCUGUCUUUCUGAUGACACACUGCAUGACACUCUCAAUCUGACAUUUGGACAGCCAGAUGGAGGGUAUGAAGGUACAGAUUUCACCCGUGGACAGUAGAGCACGUUGAUAACACAGGAUGGUGUGUAAUGAUUCCCGGUUAACGUCCUGACCUGCAGUUCUGGGGAGGAGGUAGUUUAAGGGCACUCACCUGAAGAACAAAACAACAGGGCAGAGGAAGUACAAAACAAGUGCUAAUCAUGGACAGAUAUUAUGCACCAUCACUACAGUGGACAAUGAAUUCACAUGUAUUUCCAUCUCUCGAUCUGUACACUGAAUGCUUGUAGCAUUUUUAAUGUUAUGAUGCUGAUUUGGAGACGUGUUGCAAAUAAACUUAAAACAGUUUGUCUCCCUAGUGUAAUUUCUUUGAGAAAGUGGUGUUACAACAGCAAUACCCAGCAAUCACGAUGUCACCUUAAAGGGAUGGGCCAUUCAAAA